CAUAGAGCUGUGGUCAGGCAAGAAAAGGGUCAUGCUUGAUACUUGCAUUUUGCUACAUGACACUUGUGUAGGUUAGGGUCCAGACAGACGGAGCAUCUCAGGGAGAUUCUUGCAUUUGGGUUGUGUAACACUGAGAGGGCAUCCAUUCAAAAGAAGGGGGUGUGGGAAAAACACUUUAGAAAAUUGUGUUGAGAACAAUGGAGAUGAGUGAACCAAAGCAGUCUAAGUUCAGGAGGAUUUGUGUGUUCUGUGGGAGUAGCCAGGGCAAGAAAAGUAGCUAUCAAGAUGCUGCUAUUGAGCUCGGAAAGGAGUUGGUCUCAAGGAACAUUGAUCUGGUCUACGGAGGAGGCAGCAUAGGCUUGAUGGGUCUAAUUUCACAAGCCGUUCAUGAUGGCGGUCGCCAUGUCAUUGGAGUUAUUCCCAAGACGCUCAUGCCUCGAGAGCUUUUGUUCGGAUCAAUAAGUCCAACAUCCCUGCAACCCCCAUCAUUGCCUCACUGCACACAACACUCCAUAUCUCUCUCCUCUCUCUCUCUCUUGGGAUUCCAAUCUUCUUAUUUUUCCGGUGCUUUUUUGCAGUUAACUGGUGAAACAGUAGGGGAAGUGAAGGCUGUUGCAGAUAUGCAUCAAAGGAAGGCUGAGAUGUCUAAGCAUUCAGAUGCCUUUAUUGCCUUACCAGGUGGUUAUGGGACUCUGGAAGAGCUGCUUGAAGUGAUAACCUGGGCUCAGCUUGGAAUACAUGAAAAACCAGUGGGCUUGCUGAAUGUUGACGGAUACUACAACUCACUGCUAUCAUUUAUUGACAAAGCUGUAGAAGAGGGAUUUAUUAGUCCAAGUGCACGCCAGAUCAUUGUGUCUGCAUCCACAGCAAAGGAAUUAGUGAAGAAAUUAGAGGAGUAUGUCCCCUGCCAUGAACAAGCUGUUUCGAAGUUGAAUUGGGAUAUGGAGCAGCUUAGCUAUCCUCAUCAAGAAUAUAAUAGGUGACAAUGGUAAUGCCUAUAUUGAGGAGAAGGUAGAUGGACUUUUGGAAGGUUCGAAUUUGCAAAGGACUCAAAAAUUUCCUCAGAUGGGGAUUCUUUUUUUGUAAAUUACUGCUAAUUACAUCAAUAUUUGAAACCUGAACCUUCUCUUUAGCGGAAAUCCGUUUUCCUUUUACAUUGUAAGUACAUAUGAGUCUUAUGAACAGCACUCUCAUGAUAUAUCAACUAAUAUAUAUAUGUUGACUGG